ACUUGUGAUUUAUAAGUAGCGGUUCACACCAUCUCUAAAUAUGCAGAGAGGAAACCUCUCUAGUAUAUGUAUACAUACUGAGAACAAUGUUGCACCAUUUUAUAUAUUAGUUGCAUAGCGUAGUUGUACGUACACAUAAAUCAGUAACUAAUAAAUUAUAGACUUGUCAGAAAAAGUUAUUAAGUAAAAGUUAUUUGCAAUUGAUAGUUACACUUUACAUAUGUAUGUACAUUUACAGAAGUACUCUAAAUGUAGCUAAAUCGAUUAGAUGUAAUUUGAAAACAAAACUAUUCAGUAAUAUAGUUAGGUUAUCUGUGAUUAGAACAUGUGUUAUAAAAAUAGAACAUAGUUGACAUAAACUUAUGUUUUUAUAAGAAUUAAUAUGUUCCGGCCGGCAAGGAGCUUGUUACGCUCUUUAAAUCGUAUCAAAGAAUGCCGUACAGUGCAUGUUAAUAGUCAAAAUUUAUCAGAAAUUACAGAAUAUGAAUCUGUUAUCUCAGAUGAGUACAAAAGAGGACCUUCAGAAGGCAGGGCACUUUAUCUAGAUGCUCAAGCAACUACACCACUGGAUCCACGAGUAUUGGAUAAGAUGAUGCCUUUUCUUACGGCAUAUUAUGGAAAUCCACAUUCCAGAACUCACAUGUAUGGAUGGGAAACAGAAGCUGCUGUUGAACUUGCUCGUAAACAAAUAGCAAACUUAAUAAAUGCAGAUAGCAAAGAAAUUAUAUUUACAUCUGGAGCCACAGAAUGUAAUAAUAUAGCUGUUAAAGGCGUUGCAAGGUUCUACAAAGAAAGAAAGAAUCAUAUUGUGACAACUCAGAUAGAACACAAAUGUGUAUUAGAUUCUUGUAGAGCUUUGCAAGCAGAGGGAUUUGAAGUAACUUAUAUUCCAGUAAAUGCAAAUGGUCUUAUUGAUCUUAAUCAAUUAGAAGAUGCAAUAAGGCCAACUACUUCUUUAGUUUCUAUUAUGAUGGUGAAUAAUGAGAUUGGUGUGCGACAACCAAUCGAAGAAAUUGGUGCUAUUUGUAGAAAAAAGAAAGUGUUCUUUCACACAGAUGCAGCCCAAGCAAUUGGCAAAAUCCCAAUUGAUGUUAAUGCUAUGAAUAUUGAUUUAAUGUCUAUUAGUGGUCACAAAAUAUAUGGUCCAAAAGGAGUUGGAGCAUUAUAUGUGAGGAGGAGACCAAGGGUACGUGUAGAAGCAAUCCAAAGUGGUGGUGGACAAGAAAGAGGUAUGAGAAGUGGUACUGUUCCAGCACCUUUAGCAGUAGGCCUAGGGGCAGCUUGUGAUUUGGCACAAACAGAAAUGGAGUAUGAUCACAAAUAUAUCACAAUACUUUCAAACCGGUUGAUUGAUAAAAUAAUGUCAAAUUUACCACAUGUUAUACAUAAUGGAGAUCCAGUAGCUUGGUAUCCUGGAUGUGUAAAUUUGUCUUUUGCAUAUGUAGAAGGAGAAUCUCUAUUAAUGGCUCUAAAAAAUGUUGCUUUGAGCAGUGGUUCUGCUUGCACUAGUGCAAGUUUGGAACCUAGUUAUGUUUUAAGAGCAAUUGGAACAUCAGAAGAUCUAGCACAUUCUAGUAUCAGAUUCGGUAUUGGUCGCUUUACAACUAUCGAAGAAAUCGAUUUUACUGCAGAAAAUACGAUUCGACACGUUAGAAGACUUCGAGAAAUGAGCCCAUUAUGGGAGAUGGUCGAAGAAGGAAUUGAUUUGAAAACUAUUAAAUGGACUCAGCAUUAGUGAUGCUUUGUUACACAGCUUCAACUAUGUGGAUUUAAUGUACAAUGUUGACUGUGAGUCAUAUACAUAGAUUAAGUCUAAUUAAGUAAAAUAUCUUUCAAUAUCUAAUAAAUGUUUAUUUAAAAUUC